UUUUUCAGUCGGCUCAGAACGUCCCGUUGGACACAUUAUUUUCUUUUUUUAAGGUUUUGCAAACGUUCCUACGAAUGAGCUGAAAACUCCUAUCUGUUGAAUUCUUAUCUUAAUCUUAGGUCAAGAACAUGCCAAAGCAAUACACCGAGGACCAACUUAAGCUGGCAUUGUCAGCAGUCCGGCAAAAGAAAAUGAAAAUAAAGACGGCUGCUCGGCUUUACAAUGUGCCGAAAUCUACUUUAUUUGAUAAGGUGAAGGGAACAUACAUCGGCAAACAGCGGGGACCGGCGAGGCAGCUUCUCCCUGAUGAAGAAGAGUCUCUGGUUCAGUACUUACUGUACAUGGCUAAUCAGGGGUUCCCGUUGACAAGGGCCAUGAUGAGAUGUUAUAUUCAAGAAAUAGUUCUUCACUCAGGUCGAGAAACGUUAUUCAAUAUACAGAAGGGCCCAUCUGAUGACUGGUUUGUGAAGUUUUUUAGUCGCCAUCCAAACCUAGCACAAAGGAAACCGGAGAAUAUGGAUAAAGCUAGAGUGUCCAUGUCUUCAAAAAAGAUGCUUGACGAGUUCUUUCCCUUUCUAGAAGGUGUACUGGAUAAAUAUGGAAUACGAGACAAACCUCACAGGAUUUUCAACUGUGAUGAAACAGGAUUCACAGGGAAAGAAGCUCCACGGGCAAAAGUAAUCGGACCCCGCGGAGGACACCUGUUCAGACGUAAAACAGUUUCUGCUGACCAUGUGACAGCUCACCUAUGCGUUUCAGCAGAUGGACAUUUUUUACCACCUGCAAUAAUUUACAAGGGAUCAUUACCACAUCAGCACUACAAAGACAGCGUCCCAUCCUCAUGGCACUUCGGUCACAGUGAAAAUGGCUAUAUGGACCGUGAUCUUUUUCACAAAUGGUUUGUCAACGUGUUUGUCCCUAACUGCGGCAGAGAGAGACCCGUAAUACUUGUAAUGGACAACCAUGACUCUCAUAUAAGUAUCGCUGUCAUUGAGAAGGCAAUAUCAGAGGGUAUUGUGCUUCUUGGUCUGCCUGGGCAUUCCACUCAUAUCCUGCAACCUUUAGACGUCAAUAUUAUAUCACCGCUGAAAGACGCGUACACGAAAGUGGCAGCCGGUCUUGGCUACUUAAAUACCGCUGUCAGUGUUGGGAAAGCCAAGUUUCCGGUCGUCUUAAAGCAUGCAAUGGACAAGAUUGCGCCAGCUACCAUAGUCAACGGUUUCGCUAAAACUGGCAUCUGUCCGUUCAGUCCUUCUGUGAUAGACACGUCACAGAUAGUAGAACCGACUUUCAGAGACGACGCAAACGGAGGACCAGAUGAGCCCGAGGUGAGGACCUGUGGUACCUGUGGGUCUUACAUUACUAACCCAUUGGUGAGAAGAGGACUCAUUUCAAAUUCACUGGCAAGCAUUCUGGUACCCCCUCCCACAAAACCACAGAAUAAACAGCAGAAAAGAACACGGGUUGUAGCCGAGGGCAGACUUAUCAGCGGCAAUGAUAUGCUGAGUCAGCUAAAGGAGAAGGAAGAACUUGCUGAAAAAAAGAAGAGUGAAUCAGAAAAAAGGAAAACGGAAAUGGAAAUGAAAAGAAAACUGAAAGAAGAAGAUGAUAGGAUGAAAAAGAUAAAGAGAAUGAAAGAAAAAGAAGAAAGAGAAGCUAGAAAGCUAAAGGACAAAGAAAUGAAAAGUAUUAGGAAACAGAAAAAAAAGGAAGAGCAAGAACGAAAACAGAAGGAGAAGGUGGACCUUAAGAGAAAACGUCUAUUUACUGAGGAGCAGAUCAUGUCAGCGAGCAUGUAUGUAUGUGGCGACUGUAAAGAGAAGGGGAGGCCAGAUGAUGAGAUUAACGGCAUUCUUUGGUUCGGCUGUGAUGAAGAGACAUGUGGAUUAUGGUUUCAUGAGCAUUGUCUGACACAACAGGCCAAGGAAUAUCUUUGGGAAAGUUUAGAAAAUGGGGAGGAGUGGUUUUGCCACAGGUGUAAGCCGUGGCUUUACGAGGAGUAGACUUGAUUGUUGAAUUCCAUAUCUGUGAUAUUCAGUUUGAGCCAGUUUUAAUGAUAUCAUAUGAAUAUAAAUUUUAACCUGUG